AUGCAGGCAUUGUUGAAAAGGAAGAAAGUUGCCAAGUUUAAUUUUAAAAUAACAAUUCUCCACUUGAUGAAAUUACCAAAGAGUGGAGUUAUAUUGUAUAUAACAUGGAAGAGAGGAAAGAAACAUAAAGGAGAAACAAAAAAAGCCUUUGCCAAAGAUAAAACAGCAUCAUGGGAAGAAGAAAUUGAAUUUAAAGGAACAUUGUUUAAAAAUUCUAAAGGAAAAUAUAAGAAGAAGUUUUUGGAAUUACAUCUUCACCAAGUAGGAGAUAAAAAGAAGAAGAGUGAGAUUGGACACUUAUCUAUUAAUUUAGCAGAUUAUUCAUCUUUGCAAAUGGAAAGUCGAUCCGAAACUAGAACAUUUACUGUACCUAUGUGGGGAGGAUCAUCAAAUGGUGAAUUGAAAAUCAAGAUUGAAAGUAAUCCAAGAUUGAAAUCCGAUCCAAAUGAUUUAACAACAUUUACUGAUAAUACCACCAUGACUGAUGCUACUGAAGAUAGUGAAGAAGAUAAUCAAGGAGGUUUUAGAUCGAAAGGAUUUAGAGAAUAUGGUGAGGAUGAUGAUGAUCAUUUCGGAGAGCAUGAUGAUGAAGAAAUUGUAGAAAAUGAAGACUUUGAUAUGGAAGAUGAUGAUAAUAGAUUUAAUCGUGAAGAUGAUGAUGUAAGAAGUGGUGGAAGUAAUGACCAAGCUAGUGAUAGGGAGGAUUUCAAUAAUUCACCUCCUAGAGGUUCUUCUUCAAGAGUGACCAGGAGCAGAGAUGAUUUGAGUGAUGGUUUGGAUGACGACAUGGAUGAAGACUUUAAUAGUGGAGAUGAAGAAUUGGAUGAAGAACCAGUUGCCAAGAAACCAGAACCAAAACCACUUUCAGGUGUUAGUGCCUUUGAAAGAAGAGGUGUUAUUGGAUCAAGAAAUAAGGACAGAAGACGUCAAAAUAUGAGUUUAACGAAUGAACUUGAUUCUGAUGCCUUCUUGAAGAAUUUGGAAAAAACCAAUGAAUCAAUUCAACAAAGACAGAAGAGAAAAGUCAUUGAAGAACCUGUUAAAACAAAUACUAAUAAUAAUAAUGCUUCUGAUGAUGAAAACAGUAUGACUGGAGACGACCAAUCAAGUAGCCACAAUGAAGAAUUGGAAAAAGCCAAGAAGGAAUUGGAGAAACUUGAAAUUAAUAGACGAGUAACUGAAGAAAAAUUAGCAAAGGCUCAAAAAGAAAACAACGAGAAGAACCUUGUUUUUUAUCUAAUUACAGACAAAUUACCUGAAUAUUCACGUGAAAUUCCAGUUUCUGCUCCAUUGAUUUAUAAGGCUCUCAAACAUUGGGAUUCUUUCAAGCCAGAAAAUAAUUCAUUAAUUUCCAAGAUUAUUACUGCCCUGACUUCUGUCAUUAGAAGUAAUGACACUAAAUUUGAUACAUUAUGCUAUUGGUUAUCUGUCAUGUUAAGUUUACUCACCCUUUUACAAAAAGACUUCCCAAUUACUCAUUCCCACGAACAAGGUGUUCAAGUUGACUUACUCAAGGAUUUAGAUUUGUCUUCAAUCAAUGUUGGUAGUAGAGGUAUCCUAGAUGAUGUUUUGCCAUCAAAGGAAACAACUGUUGGAUAUAUUGAAAUGUUAGAAGCAGUUGUUAAAACAGUAUUAGAAUUGGAUAAGGAAAAGGGUAUAAGAACAACUAGCAUUUCACUUGUUGCUUCAGAUAAUGGUAAUGAUGAUGACAACUCAUUUGCUUUUGAGGGUCCUGUUUCUCAAUUCAAAAAGGAUUUAUUGGAGUUAAUUCAUAAGAUUUUUGUGAUUCUGUACCAAGAUGUGAUUCGUAAAUUACUUCCACUUCUUUUUGAAGGUUUAUUUGGUAAGAAUGGGCAACCAUCUUCAAAUGCUGAUGCAAACAAAAUUGGAAAAGUACUUGAUGAAACAUUCAAGCUAUUCAAGAAUAACUUUAUACCAAAGACAUUCAGAGAACAAUUUUUCGGACAAGUAUUCUACUUUAUUAAUUGCUUUGCUUUCAAUGCAGUGUAUUCACAUAAGAGAAAUUACUGCAAUAUGAGUUCUGGUAUUAUGUUAAAGAUGAGCGUCUCUAUAUUGGAACUAUGGGCUGAAGAAAGAAACUUUGAGUUUUGUACUUCCAAACAAUUCACACAAGGAGUUGUUAUUACAGGAAUAGGGAUGCUUUUCUUGAGACAAACAGCUGACGUGAUGAUUACUGCCAAGUCUUCACUUGUUGAUAAAUCCUCAAGACAAUUGGUUUGUCCAUUGCUUUCUGAUACUCAAUUGAAAAGAGCUUUGGAAAAUUACAAGAAGGACGAUUUUGAUAAUGUUGUUCCUUCAUCAGUGCUGAAUAAUAUUCACUCUGAUAAGAGUAAGCCAAAAUAUUUAUUGAAUGGAUCCCUUAUCUUUAAACCAAACCUCGAGUACCUUUCACAAAAUUCCUCAUCUCUUAAUAUUAUGAACGAUGCUAUCUUCCAAAACAAUAUACCUGCACAAUUACAGGACGAGGAAUUCGAUUUCCUCACCAAAUAAUUGUUGUAAUCAACAACAAACAAUGUAUAAACUAUAAUUUAUAAU